ACCCUAAGUCUCACUUUACUACUACCCUGUCUCGCUCUGCCUAAACCGUGCUAGGGUUUUACGAACCAGCUACGCAAGAACCCUCAGGGGCCGUCCAGAACCGAAUAAGGAAGAAAGAUGGUGGCCGACAGGACCAAGAAGUUGAAGGUUUCCGAAAAGGGAGAGAACCUCGACGAAAUCGACGGAGAACUUGUCCUUUCCAUUGAGAAGUUGCAGGAGAUCCAAGACGAGCUGGAAAAGAUCAACGAAGAAGCCAGCGACAAAGUUCUCGAGAUAGAGCAGAAGUACAAUGAGAUUAGGAAGCCCGUUUAUGACAAGCGGAAUGAUAUUAUCAAGUCAAUUCCUGAUUUUUGGCUAACUGCUUUUUUGAGUCAUCCCGCUCUUGGUGAUCUUUUGAACGAUGAAGAUCAGAAGAUAUUUAAGCAUUUGAGUUCUCUCGAGGUUGAAGAUUUUAAAGACGUCAAAUCAGGCUACUCAAUCACCUUUAAUUUCAACGCCAAUCCCUAUUUUGAAGAUACAAAACUUGUAAAGACUUAUACCUUCCUUGAGGAAGGAACAACAAAAGUCACUGCCACUCCCAUAAAAUGGAAGGAGGGCAAGGGCAUACCUAAUGGAGUUAGUCAUGAGAAAAAAGGGAACAAGCGGGCUCCUGUUGAUAUCAGCUUCUUUAGUUGGUUUAACGACACUGAGCAGAAAGAUGAAAUUGAUGACAUCCAUGAUGAGCAGGUUGCAGAAUUAAUCAAGGAUGAUUUAUGGCCAAAUCCGCUUACUUAUUUCAAUAAUGAAGAACCUGAUGAAGAUGAGGGUGAUGAGGAUGAAGCUGAUGAUGAGGGGAAGGAUGAUGGUGACUCUGAAGAUGAUGAUGAUGAGGGUGAGGAGGAUGACGAUGAGGGGGAGGAAGAUGAUGGCAAAUGAAAAAUACAUUAUGGUCAUAUUACCUUUUUUUUGCGUUGUAGGAGUAUGUAAGCGUUCUUUAGGGGAUGAUCAUAUGGC